UUUCACGUCUUGGCUUGAGCGCCAAAAUCCGUGAAUGCGCAUCCAGACGCUUGGACGGUGGAGAAAACGGUGGCUACUGCCCAAGACCUUGGAGCUUUCCAGCACAGCAGGUUAAACUUUCGUGCAAGUAUAUAAGGCACCCAUCGAGACUGCCGGACACAACAGCCCCUUCAGGUUGACGAGACGAACAGUAGCAUGGCUUUCAGCAAAGUGGUCUUCUUCUUGGCAGCUCUGCUGGCCGCCUCGGUCUGCAUGAGCUACGCGCUCGAAGAUGUCGAAGAGCGUCAGGGCGGUGGAGGACUAGGAGGUCGCGGUAGCUACGGCGGCGGCAACUAUGGCAGCUCCGGCAGUGGUCGUCAUGGCAGCUCUGGCAGUAGUCUCCGCGGAGGAAACCACGGAGGAAGCCACGGAGGAAGCCAAGGGGGCCUUGGUGGUAGCAGCGGGGGCCUUGGUGGACGCGAUGGCUACGGUAGUGAGCAUGGCUCUGGCGGCAGCGGGGGCCAUGGUGGCCUCAGCGGCCAUGGCGGAAGUAGUGGAGGUCGCCUCGGUGGCCUUGGCGGAGGUAGCCGAGGUGGUAGUCGGGGGGGACGCUACUGAGCAGGAUGACGAUUCAUUUACGCUGGCUCUGGGCACCUGCAAGACUGCACCGUUCCUGGCCAAAGUGACUGGAUGGUGCCUCAUCUCGUGACCGGCCCUUGCUUAUUUGAUGUGCACUCUGCUGUACCAGAGACUGAGACCAACUUCCUUUGGACAUUAAUGCUGUGAUCCUUUUGCCUACGUCCAAUUUUUAUGGGUUAUUUUCAGGCAUUAAAAACACCGUUGUCAAA